CUGAGCAGGGGCUUUCCUCAAUGACGUAAAUGAAGAAGAGAAACGAGCUGCGGGUUUGAUCGGCGUCGCUGUGUGUAGAGAAUACAGCGUACAAGAGCAAACAGCUCAUCCAGCAGACCGAGGGACUGUGUGUGUAGUGUUCAUGUUAGUGUUGAAGAAAAGCCUUCCUCAGAGGAGUUAGUUGAAUAAACAGAGUACACGGAAGCUCCCAGUCUAACGCCCUGUUCUCAUUUACCCCGACACUGAUCCGGUUUAAGACAGGCCGAUUGAGAAGGACAGGAGACGAGCAGCUCAGCACAGCCGUGUGAUUCAACCAAAACAUCAGAGGAUAUUGAGCUGAGGACGCUCUGAGACGGAGGACAUAUUUUCUAUUGUAUAUUAUAUUUCAUGUUGUUUUAGAAGCUGACAGUGAAGUUUUUUUUUGUUUGUUUGUUUUUAUACUGAAACCCCCCAAUUUGACUAAAAACGAGUAGAUUUUAGAGCUUGUAGUAUUGGAAAUGAUGCAUGUUUACUUGAUUGUUUGCUAAUCAGCCUGCUUGAGUGUUACAAGAACAAACCCGUAGGAUGCCAAGGGGAUUUUUUUGUUUUUAGUUUCUCUUUCCGUUGCGUCAACCUUGUUCAGUAAGAUUAAUCUCCAUUUCUGUUGUUUCGUGAUAAGUGCAGAACAAAGGUGUGACUGUGUGACGGGAAUCUUUCACUAGUACUAGUAUCAGUAACUGGAUAUCUGAAAAUCUGAUUUGGGACAAUACUGCUUUUUUUUUUUUUUUUUUGGCAUCUUAAAUACCUGACACAAGAGUCCCUAUUCGAAGAUUUUGGUUCAUAGUCAGUUGUACCUUAUCAGGACAGAAUCUAAAGGAAAUCAGAUCUUUCCUGGGCAAUGGGAUCAGAAAAAGACUCCGAAUCACCCCAUUCGUCUGUCAGUGGCAUUCCCAAUCCUAAAUGUCGUGGUCCAGGCAAGAAGCAAGGCAGGAUCUCCUUCGCCAACCUGUUUCACAGCAAACGUGGUUCCAGGAAGAGCAAAGCUAAUUCGGGAACACCUUUAGCGCAGCAGCACAACCAGCAGCAACAGCAGCUCUUUCAGCCUCCCACUCCUACCGCUGCCUCCCCAGACCCUCUUACUGCCCACCCGGCCGAGCCUUUAUCCUCCAGCCAGGCCUCUCUGGGAGGACAAGAGCUCCUCGAGUGCCCACUAUGUCUGGUGCGCCAGCCACGGGAUCAGCUGGCAGAGCUUCAGGGCUGCAGUCAUCGCUCUUGCCUUUGCUGCCUGCGCCAGUACCUGCGCAUUGAGAUUACCGAGAGCCGUGUGCAGCUCAGCUGCCCCGAGUGUGCCGAGAGGUUGGUGCCCAGGCAGGUGGCACUCAUCCUGGACGAUGCUGCCCUGCUGGAAAAGUAUGAGGAGUUUCUGCUAAGGCGAUGCCUCGCCUCAGACCCCGACUGCCGCUGGUGUCCGGCUCCAGACUGCGGAUUUGCCGUCAUCGCAUCAGGCUGUGCCAGCUGCCCCAGGCUUGUAUGCCGCAGGGAAGGCUGCGGCGCCGAGUUCUGCUACCACUGCAAGCAGGCCUGGCAUCCGAACCAGACAUGUGACUCGGCCCGGCAGCAAAGGGCACUCUCCCUGAGAACACACAGCAACCACUCACCUAGUUACGCAGCCGAUCAAGGGCCCACUGAUGACAUCAAGCCCUGUCCCCGAUGCGGCGCCUACAUCAUCAAGAUGAAUGACGGAAGCUGUAAUCACAUGACCUGCGCUGUGUGUGGCUGCGAGUUCUGCUGGCUGUGUAUGAAGGAAAUCUCUGACCUGCACUACCUCAGUCCUUCAGGUUGUACUUUCUGGGGGAAAAAGCCAUGGAGUAGAAAGAAAAAGAUCCUGUGGCAGCUUGGCACUCUUAUCGGUGCGCCUGUCGGCAUCACGCUGAUCGCUGGCAUUGCCGUGCCUGCCAUGGUCAUCGGCAUCCCGGUUUACGUAGGACGGAAGAUAUAUGCGCAUUAUGAGGGGAAGAAGAACUCUCAGCACAGGAGAAACCUGGCCAUUACUGGUGGUGUAGCCUUGUCAAUCAUCACAGCCCCAGUUAUUGCAGCUGUCAGUGUUGGUAUUGGCGUACCGAUCAUGUUGGCAUACGUGUAUGGUGUGGUGCCAAUCUCACUGUGUCGCGGUGGGGGCUGUGGGGUUAGCAGAGGGAAGGGACGAGGUGUCAGGAUUGACUUUGAUGAAGACGAUGGACCCAUUACAGUUGCUGACGCAUGGCGAGCACUGAAAUCUCCCAGCCUUGGUGAGAGCAGCCUAGAAGGAGCAGCCAGUGGCCUUAGCACCACCUCACCUAGUGAAGGCCUGUCUGUGGCCCCCGGGGGUCUCGUCGACACACCCCACUUCAACACACUAGCCGGAGGGGCUCUCGGAGCCCGGACGGGAAAAUACAGCAGGCUGGAGGUUCAAGGUGCUGAGAUUGGAAAGGAAGGUGUACACAGAGAGACAGGAAGCUUGGGAGCAGCCAGUGACUGCGCAAGCACUCGAGGCAUGGCAGGAUCCAUUACCUCCUCAUACACGAUACCUGAUAGAGAAGGCACAAAUCUGGAGAUUCAGGUGGACAUUGAAACCAAACCCAGCCAUCUGUGUUUAACCAGUGAGGAGGAUCUGGCUCCCCGCGCUUGUGCCAUGGCCGCUGCCUCGGCAGAGGAGCCUCAGGAUUGCAGCUCUCACCGAGGGAGGGUUUUAUCCCGCUCGUCUUUGGGGAUGUCGUCAGGAGGCUCGCUCCGAGAGGGGCUCGGUGACGUUACGCUGGCUCAGCCCGAGAGCAUCCGCAGUGACCUGGAGACCUCCGAUACGCAGUCAGAUGACAUCGCCGAGCUCACAUCAGAGGACUGCGACUCUCCUAACCCUCCUCCUCAACCCACCUGCCGAGCCCAGAACUCCACCGAUGGCCUGCACUGCCCCGAUAACGUCAUCCUUUCUGUCUGAAAGGACCAGAGAGCUUUGACUACUUGUUUGUAUUAUUUUGCUUUUUAAAAAAAAUUAUAAUAAAUAAGACGGCUUACAUGCUCUCUGGGGAAUUUGGUGGCUUGUGUCUGCCUGUUGCUCUGUCCAUCUUGCCUAAAUUACUGACAGGGCUCUACCUCUACGAUUCAGACUGUUAGUCAUUCAUGUACCAACUGGUGCAAAAAAAUGCCUUGGCUAUUGAAGCAAAAAUUAAAUAAAAUAAAUAAAUAAACCAUUGCGACAAGAAUUCCUGUCAGGAGAGACAAAAGAAAAAUAAUGCCAGACAAGUAAUACUGAAAAUAGUAUCAAGCACACAUGUAAGAUUUAUGAGGAACUCUGGAAAACGGUCUAUAUGUGGAAUGUAAUGUUUUUAAAUGUAUGUUGGGAGUGAGUGUAUAUCUUUUUUUUAAAUUUAUAACAAACCUGGAAAUUGUAUAAUUUGCUGUAUGCAUGUGUAUGUAUGUAUGCAUGACCCGCACUUGUAUACAAGGAUACAAGUGCAGUAUGUAGUAGUUGCACUGACCAAGUUUGCACAGUGAUAAGACGUAAAUGGACCUGCACGUGAGUCUCACCUGCACAGAGAAUGAAGUUCAGUGAUGGAGGGGAGGCACUGUUAUGUAUGGAACAAAGCACGAUUAUGGGUUAAUAAGCAAUGGUGGGGGCGUCGCCUCUAUUACCAGCCCUAAGCUGAUUAUUUUCCUGUAAAAGGACCUCCUGAAGUGUUGUAUUCCUCUUAUACCACAGCAAUUAUGCCAACAAUUACAUUUUUUAUUUAUUUAUUAAACUUUUUAUCUAUUUAUAAUUACAUUUAUGGAACGUCUCUGAAACAGGUUUGUUCGCAAGACUUUCCUCUGUUGGAUAACCUAAGGUGAAAAAAAGAGAGCUUUAACUCUCUCUAACUUUUAACACUAGGGAUUUUUUUCCCCCAAAAAUUGCUGUAUGAACGCUUCAUCAUAGCGGCAGUUAUGUUAUUUUUUUUAAAUCUGUUGAUGUGGAGCGCCUGUAAUACAAGUUCUUACCAUGAUAUGAUACCAUAUCAGAACGAGCUCCUUCUGACCAAUCAGAUGUAAGAGUUUAGCAGUGCUGUGGUAAAGAAGUCAAAUCACUUCACAAGCAUACAGUUCCACCUUAAUCCUUGUCUGUCUGCCUUAGAGCCAUCACUCUCUCCAUCAUGCUCUGUCCCUUUCCCACUGACAACACUAUGUGCUCAUGUCUGCUAGUUUGUGUGUGUGAGUGCGAGUAUGUGUGCGUGUGUGUGUGUGUCUGUUAUUUGCGAGUUUGUAUUAAAUAGCAAAGAUUUAAAGCAUCGACAGUCAGAAAGACCACCUGAUGCACUUUUUUUUUGUAAUAAAGCCUUGUAUUAUCAUGGACUCCCUGCAGUGUGUUUGGACUUGAGCGUUUCUAAAUAAUAAAUUUAAUCAAAUCAUCAGCUUCUUGCACUUUAUCCCAGUAUUUGUCAUUGCCCUGAAAGCUAGUCUUACUUGUAUACUUUGCAUCCAUCUGAUUCAUUUUCUUUUAAUUGUACCUCCCCAAAAUGACAAACCAUUUGAUUGUUAUAUUAUUGUGGAAUGUAAUGGAAUAUUAUCCUUUUUUUUUUUUUUUCAUAUGCUGCAUUUUUUUGCUUCUUAUGUGUCUUCAAUUAUAAAAACUUAAUCAUAAACUAAUGAAUGUUAUUUCAUAAAAAAAUUAAUUGUGGUCUUUCUUUAAAUACCAGCCCUGGAAAUGUGAUCCAGUCAACACAGCAUUUGUGCUAUACUGGGGGCAAUGUGCUGAACCUAAUUAAUAUUGAUAUGAAAAACAGUAUUAAAAGAACACUUCUUUCUUGCACAGUUCGUGCCUCAACACAGUGCACUUGGCAAAGACAAGAGGAUUAUGAGAAUAAACAUUUAUGUGUUGCAA